AUGCAUCAAAUGGUACACGCCCAUUUUGACACCUUCGACGACUAUAUAAGACUGAUCACCUGGUGCUUGCACCAAUCGCCCAAAACGGCCAUUCAUUCCCAGACCUCCACAACCUCUGGUCAUGACAGCCUUUUUGGGAGAUCACCUGGUGCUUGCACCAAUCGCCCAAAACGGCCAUUCAUUACCAGACUCCGAACACCUUCUGGUCAUGACAGCCUUUUUGGGAGAUCACCUGGUGCUUGCACCAAUCGCCCAAAACGGCCAUUCAUUACCAGACUCCGAACACCUUCUGGUCAUGACAGCCUUUUUGGGAGAUCACCUGGUGCUUGCACCAAUCGCCCAAAACGGCCAUUCAUUACCAUACUCCGAACACCUUCUGGUCAUGACAGCCUUUUUGGGAGGUUCAUUACAGAUCACCUGGUGCUUGCACCAAUCGCCCAAAACGGCCAUUCAUUACCAGACCUCCGAACACCUUCUGGUCAUGACAGCCUUUUUGGGAGGUUCAUUACAGAUCACCUGGUGCUUGCACCAAUCGCCCAAAACGGCCAUUCAUUACCAGACCUCCGAACACCUUCUGGUCAUGACAGCCUUUUUGGGAGAUCACCUGGUGCUUGCACCAAUCGCCCAAAACGGCCAUUCAUUACCAGACUCCGAACACCUUCUGGUCAUGACAGCCUUUUUUGGGAGGUUCAUUACAGAUCACCUGGUGCUUGCACCAAUCGCCCAAAACGGCCAUUCAUUACCAGACUCCGAACACCUUCUGGUCAUGACAGCCUUUUUGGGAGAUCACCUGGUGCUUGCACCAAUCGCCCAAAACGGCCAUUCAUUACCAGACUCCGAACACCUUCUGGUCAUGACAGCCUUUUUGGGAGAUCACCUGGUGCUUGCACCAAUCGCCCAAAACGGCCAUUCAUUACCAGACUCCGAACACCUUCUGGUCAUGACAGCCUUUUUGGGAGAUCACCUGGUGCUUGCACCAAUCGCCCAAAACGGCCAUUCAUUACCAGACUCCGAACACCUUCUGGUCAUGACAGCCUUUUUGGGAGGUUCAUUACAGAUCACCUGGUGCUUGCACCAAUCGCCCAAAACGGCCAUUCAUUACCAGACCUCCGAACACCUUCUGGUCAUGACAGCCUUUUUGGGAGAUCACCUGGUGCUUGCACCAAUCGCCCAAAACGGCCAUUCAUUACCAGACUCCGAACACCUUCUGGUCAUGACAGCCUUUUUGGGAGAUCACCUGGUGCUUGCACCAAUCGCCCAAAACGGCCAUUCAUUACCAGACUCCGAACACCUUCUGGUCAUGACAGCCUUUUUGGGAGAUCACCUGGUGCUUGCACCAAUCGCCCAAAACGGCCAUUCAUUACCAGACUCCGAACACCUUCUGGUCAUGACAGCCUUUUUGGGAGAUCACCUGGUGCUUGCACCAAUCGCCCAAAACGGCCAUUCAUUACCAGACUCCGAACACCUUCUGGUCAUGACAGCCUUUUUGGGAGAUCACCUGGUGCUUGCACCAAUCGCCCAAAACGGCCAUUCAUUACCAGACUCCGAACACCUUCUGGUCAUGACAGCCUUUUUGGGAGGUUCAUUACAGAUCACCUGGUGCUUGCACCAAUCGCCCAAAACGGCCAUUCAUUACCAGACCUCCGAACACCUUCUGGUCAUGACAGCCUUUUUGGGAGGUUCAUUACAGAUCACCUGGUGCUUGCACCAAUCGCCCAAAACGGCCAUUCAUUACCAGACCUCCGAACACCUUCUGGUCAUGACAGCCUUUUUGGGAGAUCACCUGGUGCUUGCACCAAUCGCCCAAAACGGCCAUUCAUUACCAGACUCCGAACACCUUCUGGUCAUGACAGCCUUUUUGGGAGAUCACCUGGUGCUUGCACCAAUCGCCCAAAACGGCCAUUCAUUACCAGACUCCGAACACCUUCUGGUCAUGACAGCCUUUUUGGGAGAUCACCUGGUGCUUGCACCAAUCGCCCAAAACGGCCAUUCAUUACCAGACUCCGAACACCUUCUGGUCAUGACAGCCUUUUUGGGAGAUCACCUGGUGCUUGCACCAAUCGCCCAAAACGGCCAUUCAUUACCAGACUCCGAACACCUUCUGGUCAUGACAGCCUUUUUGGGAGAUCACCUGGUGCUUGCACCAAUCGCCCAAAACGGCCAUUCAUUACCAGACCUCCAACAACCUCUGGUCAUGACAGCCUUUUUGGGAGGUUCAUUACAGAUCACCUGGUGCCCAAUCGCCCAAUCGCUCCAAAACGGCCAUUCAUUACCAGACUCCGAACACCUUCUGGUCAUGACAGCCUUUUUGGGAGAUCACCUGGUGCUUGCACCAAUCGCCCAAAACGGCCAUUCAUUACCAGACUCCGAACACCUUCUGGUCAUGACAGCCUUUUUGGGAGAUCACCUGGUGCUUGCACCAAUCGCCCAAAACGGCCAUUCAUUACCAGACUCCGAACACCUUCUGGUCAUGACAGCCUUUUUGGGAGAUCACCUGGUGCUUGCACCAAUCGCCCAAAACGGCCAUUCAUUACCAGACUCCGAACACCUUCUGGUCAUGACAGCCUUUUUGGGAGAUCACCUGGUGCUUGCACCAAUCGCCCAAAACGGCCAUUCAUUACCAGACCUCCACAACCUCUGGUUCAUUACAGAUCACCUGGUGCUUGCACCAAUCGCCCAAAACGGCCAUUCAUUACCAGACUCCGAACACCUUCUGGUCAUGACAGCCUUUUUGGGAGAUCACCUGGUGCUUGCACCAAUCGCCCAAAACGGCCAUUCAUUACCAGACUCCGAACACCUUCUGGUCAUGACAGCCUUUUUGGGAGAUCACCUGGUGCUUGCACCAAUCGCCCAAAACGGCCAUUCAUUACCAGACUCCGAACACCUUCUGGUCAUGACAGCCUUUUUGGGAGAUCACCUGGUGCUUGCACCAAUCGCCCAAAACGGCCAUUCAUUACCAGACUCCGAACACCUUCUGGUCAUGACAGCCUUUUUGGGAGAUCACCUGGUGCUUGCACCAAUCGCCCAAAACGGCCAUUCAUUACCAGACCUCCACAACCUCUGGUCAUGACAGCCUUUUUGGGAGGUUCAUUACAGAUCACCUGGUGCUUGCACCAAUCGCCCAAAACGGCCAUUCAUUACCAGACUCCGAACACCUUCUGGUCAUGA